UCAUGUGAGUACUAUAGGGCUCAUUCUUUGUCAAUAUGUCUAUAGGAGUGCUUCUGUUCGGCUUGCUUCUGCUGAUCCCUUCAGGGGCGCAAGGAUCUGGCUCAAACCGAAAGCCUGUGUGCGCUGAGAUGGCCGAGAUCCUGGCUUGUCCUAUGAACCUCGCACCUGUGUGCGGCAGUGACGGAAACACCUACGGAAACGAGUGCUUGCUGUGUGUGGAAAGACUGAGAACCAAAUCAGAAAUUUUAAUCACACGCGAUGGAGACUGUUAAACUCCUGCAGAGCACACAGGAUCAUGAAGAUUCGUGGUCAAAAUAAAGCAUCUGAAAUAUG